UUUUCUUCUUCCUCCAAAUACGUAACAAACUUCUACGUGAGCGCCAGGGCAGUUGCGCCCAUGGGAAGGCAUCCGCCUGUCGAUGAGGCGAUGGACUUCAACGGCAACGGACGGGACGAGGCAAACCCGAGCGGCUCUGAGGCGGGGAACCACAACGAGCACCGCGGCGACGACCCCUCGCGCGUUGGCCAGAGCCUGCCCGCCGAUAUCCGCCAAAAUGGGCAGCCAACCCUCGGGGAGGAGAUCACCGCGCCGCUGUGGGAGGAGUUCGAGGCGCUCGGCAUCCACGUCCGCCGCUCCGAGCCCGUGUUCCCGCCGCGCCCAGGGUACGGCGCCGCGGGGACGCCGUACGUCGUCAGGGCCAACCUCUUCCUCGGUCGCCUCGUCGACGAGGCCCUGCAUCAGUACAACGUAACCAUUUCGCCCGAGCCGACGCCCAAGGCCGCGUACAGAGAGAUCAUGACGAAGCUGUUGUCCGAGAACCAGCACACGGAUUUCGACGGCCGCUUCUCCGUGUACGAUGACGGUGACUCGCUCUUCACAGCCGGUGCGCUGCCGUUCGACACCAAGGAGUUCGAGGUCCCCCUCUCUGCAGGCGGCGACGAAAAGAUGGACAGGAAGUACAAGGUGAUGAUCAACCAUGCCGCAACGAUUAGUCUGCUACAGCUGAGGAUGCUGUUAGCGGGCUAUCCCACGGACAUCCCCGCGCAGGCGCUCGUGGUCCUCGACACCGUGCUGCGUGACGUCUUCAACGAACGCAAUGACAUGGAAUGCGUCGUGAUUGACAAAAAGGAUCGCACACUGGGUGUUGACGCAUGGAAGGGGCUCUAUCUGAGCAUCAGGCCAACACAGAACUGCUUGUCUCUGAUUGCAGACGUGUCCUCAUCUGUAUUCGUUCAACCCCUGCUAUUGAUUGAAUUCGUUCAGAAGAUCCUAAAGAUAGAUGCCGUGGAUAGGAACUUGACUAAACCUGAGUAUGACAAGCUCUUGAAGGCCCUCAGGGGUGUGAGGAUUCAAGUCACACACAGAGAUAAUAGACGCCGAGUAUGGUCAAAGAAAAAAGAUAAUAGACGCCAACUCUCUACGUACAGAGUUGCUGGCUUGUCAGUGAAUCCUACUAAUGAUUUGAGUUUUGAAUCAAAGGUUGGAGUCACAACGACUGUGAUUGAUUACUUCAGAGAAAUAUACGGCCUGGAACUGAAAUACAAAUAUCUCCCAUGCGUCAAUGCUGGCAGCGAGCAGGAUCCAAUCUAUUUUCCUAUAGAGGUUUGCAAGAUAGCUCCCAAGCAGUGUUACCAGAAGAAGCUGGAAGGUAGUCAGUUUUCUACUCCAAGGAAGUCAGCCUGGAUCCAUCCUGAAGCCGAGCAAUCCUGUCCUCAGAUUGUUGAGCAGAGGCAGUACAAACAAACCAAACGUGCAAAUGAAUUUGACUUAGAAUUUGAUGGCAAUCUUACAACAGUUGCUGCUAGAGUUCUGCUGCCUCCAAAUCUUAAGUAUGAUGAUUCUGUAUCACAGAAAACAUGGUUUCCACUGGAUGGGUACUGGAAUAUGAAAGACAAGAAAGUAAUAAAUGGUGCCAAGAUCAGAAACUGGGCAUGUCUUAAUUUUUGUGAAGAUUUAUCCAAGGAAGAUAUUAAGAAGUUUUGCUUUAAGCUGGCUGAAAUGUCUCGUAUUACUGGACUGGACUUUGCCGAUUUGAAGCUCCCAAUAUUCACUGCACGUCCAGAUCGAGUUGAAGAUGGUAUUCGUAGGUGCUAUCAGGAAGCGAAGAACAAGCUAAGGGAUCAGAAGAUUGAUUUACUGCUUGCUAUACUACCAGAUAAAAAAGACAGUUUAUAUGGAAAUAUUAAAAGGAUCUGUGAGACAGAUAUUGGUCUUGUGUCACAGUGUUGUCGAAGGUCAAGAGUCUUAGUGAAUAAUAAUCAGAUAUUGGCAAAUAUUGCUAUUAAGAUCAAUGCCAAGGUUGGAGGAAGAAUCUCAGUAUUCGAUGACGUACAGAAGAGUUUACCGGUUGUUUCAAAUAAGCCAACAAUUAUAUUUGGUGCUCAUGUUUCUCACCCUUCUGUUGUAGAUGGUUCUACUGGCCCUUCUAUUGCUUCUGUCGUUGCAUCCCAAGACUGGCAUGAGGUGUCUAAGUAUAAUGGUGUUGUUCGUGCACAAGGUCACACUGAAGAGAUCGGUGGCCUUGAAGACAUUGUCAAGGAGCUCCUUCAUGCAUUUGCAAACGAGUCCAAGGAGAAGCUCCAGCAGCUGAUAUUCUACAGGGAUGGCAUAAGUGAGGGUCAAUUCAAUCGAAUUUUGGAGAAAGAAAUCCCAGCGAUAGAAAAGGCUUGGAACGCACUGUAUGACAAUGAGAAGCCACAAAUCACCUUCGUUGUUGUGCAGAAGAGGCAUAAACUGAGGCUGUUCCCCGUGGACGACAACUAUAAGAUCCGUUCUGCUAAGAAGAAAAUUGUUGAGCCUGGCACAGUGGUUGAUAGUGAGAUCUGUCACCCAGCAGAAUUUGAUUUCUUCCUUUGCAGCCAAUCUGGUGGUAUCAAAGGCCCAAGGCGUCCUGUGAGGUACCUUGUACUGCGAGAUGAUAACAACUUCACGGCAGAUGAACUGCAGGCUCUCACAAAUAACCUGUGCUACACUUAUUCAGGCGGCAAUCGUUCGUUGUCGGUCGCUCCUCCCGCAUACUACGCCCAAAAGCUCGCACAUCGGGCCCGCGUCUACCUCGCCAAAGGCUCGGACAAUAAUGCAGCUGCUGCUAAUGGUGGUCGGAAGCAAAUUCCAGAGAUAAAGAAUGAGCUGAAGGGGUCCAUGUUCUACUGCUAGUCCUUUGCCUGCUGAACGGACGAUGCAUUGUUCUAUAGUGAAAGACUUGAGUGUGCUCUGAGUCUCUGACUGACAUCUGGAGAAGGAUGGCAUCUGCAAUAGUCGCCGUGUUCUUUUUAGUACACUAGAAUAAAUGGAUGUUUUUUGUGGACGCCCAUGUUGAACUAGUUUUCUUUUCCAGUAAGUACUUCAGAAUGAGUGAGAUAAAUAU